AGUGCGGAAGAGGAGCGGCGAGGAGUGGAAGAGGACCGGACCGGCUGCAUUUCUGUCUUUCUCCCCUCCGACAGCCCGCUUACACCGCCAGACAUGUCGAAGAACACCGCAGAGGCCCGCUUCAGGAAGGUGGACGUGGACGAGUACGACGAGAACAAGUUCGUGGACGAGGAGGACGGCGGGGAGAACCAGGGCGGUCCGGACGAGGCGGAGGUGGACUCUCUGCUCCGGCAAGGGAACCCGAGCGGCGCGCUGGUCGCCGUCCUGAAGAACCCACCCAUCAACACCAAGAACCAGAACGCCAAGGACCGAGCGGAGACGCUGGUGGUCAAGGUGCUGAGCAGCUUCAAGAGCAGCGACAUCGAGAAGGCGGUGGCCUCCCUGGACCGGGCCGACGUGGACCUGCUCAUGAAGUACAUCUACAAAGGCUUCGAGAAGCCGUCGGACAACAGCAGUGCCGUGCUGCUGCAGUGGCACGAGAAGGCGCUGGCGGUGGGUGGAGUGGGCUCCAUCGUCAGAGUGCUGACCGCCAGAAAGACGGUGUGAAGCUGCUGCAGCUGGAAACACAUCGCCGCCACGACUGAUCCUCGCUCUGCUCCGAGUGUCUCCCCCUCUCUUUCUUCUUCUUCUUCUUUUCCCUCUCUUCGACUCUGCUCAGCCACACCUCCGGCGUCAGGAGGUGCCGGCGCCUCUCGCCUCCUCCUCCUCCUCCUCCUCCUCCCCCCUCAGCCGAGGAGGAGGAGAUGCACAGACUGCUGUUCCCCUGCCUUGGAGCCCAGUGCAUGCUGGGAUUGGCUCAUCGUUCUGUGAACACCGAUUGUUCAUUGACUCUUUUUUUUUCUACUUGCGCCGGACCGGACCGGAGCGGUUCGGUGGAGCUCGACUUAAACGUCGCUCUGCUCGCAGUUCUUUUUUUUUAUAGCUGGAAGAAAACCAAUAAAAGUGCUGAACUCUC